GGAGGCUGGUCCCGCGGUGGAAGGCCUGACCAGUAAAACCACUGGGAGCGUGUUGUGGAGCGCGUCCCGGUCUCUGGCUGCGGGGGUCAUUAUUUAAUGGGGGGGAACUAAAGCGCCGCGGCCCGGCCUCUGUUUUCCUGACAUUUAAUCUGAGAGAAGGUUGGAAGGUGCAGCGACAGCACUGGUGGGGCUGAAGUGAACGUGGAGGUUUUAUGGCCUCAGUGACGUGCAGGAGAACACAAACCACGCGAUGUGAGACAAAGCGAGAGGGGAGCGACCACAAACAGAAACACCUACAUUAGUGGCGAACACAUGGAGGAGCCUCACAUGUGUCAUGAGCGCUUUGUGUUUCCUCCGUCGGCCCGAUGUGGGAGGAGGGACGACGGCUGAGUAAAUCCAUCCGUCUAAUUACAAACAGAGUGAAGCUCCGUGGAUGGUGAUGAUGGUGUGAUGUCAGCAGGAGGGUUUAACCUUAUUUAAAAGCGGCUCCAGGCUUCAGGAGGCAGCAAACAGUCGGCAGAGCCUCUCCAGCCGCCACCAGACGUCCUCCGCUCAGAGGACCAAGGACUUCUUUGCCUUUUUGACAACUCUUCAGUGGAUUCCCAACGCUGACAAGAAGCCAGAAGCUCUGACACAGAGACGAUGUUGUGCUCCACAGUCCUGCAGCAGUGCUGCUUCGCCCUCUUCCUGCUCUGCUCUCCGGUUCCUCACCACGGCCGCCCCAUCGAUGCUUCCAGCCUGAGCAGCAGAAUAAAGCGCUCGGUGAGUCACGCUCAGCUGAUGCAUGAUAAAGGACGGACGCUGUGGGACAUCCGGCGUCGCAUGUGGCUGAAGGAGCUUUUAGACGAAGUCCACACGGCCGACAUCCGGGACCUCGCGGUCCAGACCACGGCAGGAGGAGGAGGAGGAGGAGGAGCAGCAGGAGGAAGCAGCAGCGGCGCCGGCGUCGGGCUACCAGGGGUGGGCCUACCGGGCCUGGGUCUGCCGGGGGUCGGCCUGGGCAUCAACCCCAGCACCACCGGCAGCACUCUGCACUCCAAACCCCCCGGGGGAACCAAGAACCUCAGCUUCCAGCUGGAGGAGGAGGAGGGAACCAACCUCCCCCAGGAGACCAACAAGUCCCAGACGUACAAAGACGGCGUCCUGAAGGCGCCCGGCAAGAAGAAGAAGAAAGGGAGGUCUGGGAAGAGGAGGGAGGGGGAGAAGAGGAAGAGGAGGGCGCGCUCGCUGGGCUGGAGGCCGGAGGACGAGUCUGGGAGCGGACUCCACCUGGAGUGGAGGUCUCUGCUCGGCCUGCGGAGGGCGCUGCAGUGAAACGCCGUCAGUCUCUGACGAAGAACCAUGAACUCUGGCAGUGACUCCUGAAUCGUCCUGUUGCAGUUGUCUCUGUGAUAGUGAUCGUUUGGACAGAACCUGGAUCGUAUUUAUUUCGUGUACAUAUUCUCGACGUCUCAGAGUAGCGAUGAGGUCGCGACCCGUCCUGACAGACACAGACUCUCCUCCUCUUUGUGUGUUUUUUCCUUUUUUAAUUCCCGUCCUAAUUUAUUUUGUCUGAAUGGUGUAUUUAUUUUGUAAAUGUAUCGAGGUGCUGCUGACCUUCUAUAUUUUUGUACCAUAAUGCACUUUAGAUAUAUAAAUAUAAAUAUAUAUACCAUUAAUUUGUUCAUUGACUUGUUUUGUGAUUGAAAUGAAGAAUAAGCGUCUGUUCACUCGGUUGUUUCUCUGCUGCUGUUUCCUCUGCUUGUUGAAGCCAAAGCUCAGCUGGACUCAAACACGGAUCCACCUUCUCGUUUUGGCCACUUUGCACUGAGAUCAUCUAAACUCUGUUCUGAAUGGAUUAAACCUUUGACACAA